CCUCGAAACACCUACAUCUUAGUCACCUCAUUCUUAGUAGCCACCGACCUCUCCUUCCCUUUAUCUCACCAUGGUAUCAGACGGCAUCAUCCACGCCUGCGCAGGUGGCGCCGGCGGCAUGAUCGCAAUGACAGCCACGUACCCGCUCGUCAGCAUCUCGAUGCGAGCGGCCGUCGAGCAGCGCAAGGACAAGAAGAGCGCCAUCGAAGCGGCUCAGAAGAUUCUGGCUGAGGAGGGUAUCUCUGGAUUGUACUCGGGGUUGAGCUCUUCCUUGCUCGGCAUUAGUGUAACGAACUUCGUCUACUACGGAGCCUUCGAGACGGCUCGCGAGGCCAUUCUCGCCCGCAAGAACAAGGAUGCGGCCGCCAACGCCACCACUGCCGCAGCCAAGAUUGCCGCUGGCGGUGCUCUCAGCACCGCCGAGUCUAUGCUGGCAGGCGCAAUGGCCGGGGCAGCAACCACUGUGAUCACAAAUCCGAUCUGGGUCAUCAACACUCGCCAGACGGUACGCGUCGGCGACGGAGGCAAGGUCGUAGACGCCAAACAGCCUGGAGGCAAGCCCGCACAGCCAGUCAAGAAGCUUACGUUCCUCGAGACGCUUCAGCACAUCGUCAAGUCAGACGGAAUUCCUGCCUUGUGGCGUGGUCUUGGCCCUGCCCUCUUCCUGGUCAUCAACCCUAUCCUCCAGUACACGGCCUUCGAGCAGUUCAAGAACGCUCUUGUGAAGUCUCGCCUGGCACGCGGGGUUUCUGCUUCUCUUUCAGACUUUGAUUUCUUCAUCCUCGGAGCCCUCUCGAAGCUUUUUGCUACGGGACUGACCUACCCGCAGGUCCUGGUGAAGAGUCGUCAGCAGGCUGGCAGUGGGCCAUCCAAGGGGGCGAAGAGGAACUUCUUUGGUGAACUGGCGGAGAUUCUCAAGAAUGAGGGAGUAGCAGGGCUUUACAGGGGACUUGGGCCUAAGUUGACCCAGUCUGUCUUGACGGCGGCGAUUCUGUUUAGCUCGCAGGCCAGGCUUUUCGCGGCUUUCUCCGCUAUGAGGAGCGCGCCCAAGGCGUUGGCUCAGUAGGCGUGCGAAUAGACCGCGAGGCGGGUCAUGUCCACACACGAGUUUGACGUCCCUCUAUGAUGGCCUUCUACUCUUCUCGCUCGCUCGCACUCGCUCGCUUUCAGUCUCUCGCCUUCGGGCGGUGUAGCAAUACAGAAGUGAUUACCCCUGCGCAAGU